UGGAAAUAAUUCUCUUCGAGUCGUCACGGUGUAGGAGGAAUGAAAUGGACUCGUCUGGAGAGUUGUGCGAUUUAUGUUCCAUUUUGGAGAAUGUAUGAAGAUGUAGAAAUGAUGUAAAGUUCGAAGUUAGGGUACAUUUUGAUGAUACUCUUAAAUGAGGAGAGGAGAGGCUCGAUAAUACGAUAAUUGGAAAAGUUUGGGAGCAGGUGGCGACCAUUUCGGCAUCGAUUUCUCUUCCUGGACGAGAAGCGAGAUUUCCCUAGUAUCUAAUCAGUGGGCGUUCUGCGGGUUUCUCAUUGGUGUGUGGGCGUUAUCACGGACCCCGAUUGGUCGAUGGGUAUUCUAGAGCUCUCUGCCGCAUACAUGCGCACCUCAAGGCUCCCCCAGUUCUGGAUCGUGAAACGCUUAACGCUCGCCAAUUUUACGAUACUAAUACUUUCCUCGAACUUUAUAAAUACUCCAUUUUAAAUUUCCUAAUUUUCCAUUCUUCCUAUAAAUACAUCCUCGCAAUUUGACCUCGUUCUUGGAUCUCAAAUCAAUAAUAUUCCAACGAUUGAAUAUCUUUCGUCGUUGGAAAAUACUCUCGAGAGACGUAUAAAUACACAAAGAUGUCUUGGGAGAUAAUCUCGUACUCUCGAUGAUUUGGAAAAAUUAAAUCGAUAAAGAGAAGUUAAAUAUCAGGAUAUUUUAAAAGAGUAGAAUGGAACAGUCGAUCGAAUCGAGUCCUCUAUUCUCGAAAACCCGAUUACGGAUGUUGCCGUGGCUCGCUAUUGAUCACGGCCCAACACCUCGGAGGACAGAUUAAACGAAUGUCCGCGGGUAAAACGAUCUCCCUUUAUCUCGAAUCUCAAGAACGCUCCCUCCCUCUGCCUGCCCGCGCCGCUGAAGAACUCUUUGAACCCGCUCUCUCUCUCUCUCUGUCUCUCCUCUCCUCGUCCUUUGCAACGAUCCUUUUAUACGGUGGCGAUCGAAUGGAAGCUGACAGUUUACCAGGAGUCGCGUUGGGUCGCCGACGAUGUCAGCGACUGUUGCCGGCAACCAGCAACAGCAACAUCCGCACCAAGAAUGGGACAUCAACGACUCGAACGUGCCAAGGGUGGUAGAGUAUGAUCCCUGGUGCGAAUGGGCGGACGGCCAUGUAAGAAGAGUGUACGGGCCAGAUUGCGAGGAAGCGAGAAGACACGCAUCCGGAUGGGCGAUGAGGAACACGAACAAUCACAACGUGAGCAUCUUGAAAAAGUCUUGCCUCGGUGUGCUGGUCUGCUCGCAAGAAUGCAUACUACCUGGCGGCGGAAGGGUUCACCUUCGACCGGCAAUUUGUGACAAGGCAAGGAAAAAGCAACAAGGGAAACCGUGCCCGAAUAGACAAUGCACGGGUCGGUUGGAAAUACUUUCGUGUCGCGGCCAUUGCGGUUACCCCGUAACGCAUUUCUGGCGACAUACCGAGCACGCGAUAUUUUUCCAAGCCAAAGGACAACACGAUCAUCCGCGACCAGAAGCAAAAUCCACGUCCGAGGCGAGGCGAAGCGUGGGUGCAGGCAGAAGGGUGCGAGGAUUGGCGGUCCUUCUCGCGAACGAGGCUGCUUUGGGUUCCAAAUUAAUGUCACUACGCGGAACGAAAAGAUCGAAUUCCGAAGCGAUCGAGCAACCGCCAAGAACGACGCAGCCACCGCCACUGAUACCGGAUAAAGGAUACUCGUGUUCCUGCCCACCAUUCGAAUGCAUGUGCGGCCUACAGAGCAACGUCUCGGCUUAUCAACAGUCGCAUCAUCAAACAACCAUGUAUCCCCAACAAACUGGCUCGAACGACACCCCCUACUGGCUCCAAGACACGGUCCCAGCCCAAGAGACAGCGCUGGGCUACAAUCUGCCCAGCCAAGUGUCUCAAGAGGCCUCCUACCCCGAUUUUCCCCCGUUCACCGGAGAGUUGCUCCAACCGGAAGAGAUCUUCCAGCUGGAUCAACCCCUGAGACCCGAAUUCUCCAUGAAUUCUCAAGAGGUGGCCUCAAGAUCGCCGCCCACCUUGCUCGAUCUUGGAAGCGGCACCAUAAAGUACGAGAUGAAACAGCAAGGGGACCAGGCUUACUGGAGCCAAUUUCUCAGCGAGGACUCGAGCAGCAGUCACCUGAGCAUAGCCCAGGACGAGAGGCUUCAAUUCCCCGGCUUCGAAACGGAGAAAGACUCGGCGAACGGGUUUUGCGCGAAGAGACCGGUCAAUCAUCAUCAAUUCGUCCCUGAGAAGGAAGGGAAUCACCAUCAUCAUCAUUUGAACAAUCCUUUAAACUUUCAAGAUUACCAACACACUCGACACACCCCGAAUCAGAAGGGCGCGGAUCAAGAAGCGAGCUAUUGGGCGCAAAAUCAUCAGGACGACCGUUUAAAUUUCCCCGACUUCGAUCCUCGCAAGGAGGAGGAGUUGUUGCCCGCUAGACGGGACGUUAACUGUUUUCCAAAGGAGAACUGCCAGCAAGGAUUGAUGGACAGGCCGAGUUACAGCGUCUAUCCGAAGAAGGAGAUCGAUUCUUCCCGCCCUUCUAUUUCUUCUUCUCGCGGCUCGCCCAUGGAGAACAAGCAUUACUCGUUCAACGACGGUUAUCAGAUGUUCGACCAGUCGGACAAGAAUCAAUUGGCGGCCAAUCGUAUACCAAAUCAGAGUCGGAUGGUAGGUCUGGACGAGAGGUUGCAGAAUAAUUAUCGCGAAACGAACGCUGACACGAGCGAAAGAUUGUUCCCCGAUCCGAGCGGGAUGGAUAUACCCGCGCAAAACAGCCCCGAGCCCUUCUUCUACCCCACCAACGACCGUUGCCAUUACACUUGCGAGGUGGUGGACACUCGGCUACCCCAGAUGGCCGUCGCGAGCCAGUCGAACGGGAUGAACAAUUACGGGGACGUGGCCGAUCUCGAUCUUCCCCCUUUCGUCGACUACACCCUCGUCGGGAUGCUGUGCUCCACCGAGGAGGACACGUCGAGCUUGCUACCCGGCUGCCCCCAAAACUCGCACAGCUACGUCCCCCAUCAUUAGAUCGUCAUUCCUUCGUCUAAGUUUGUAUCAUAUAAAUAUAUAUUGUUGUGCGAAUCAUGCUCGAGUGUGUCCGUGCACUUUUCUUCUCCAAACUCUUCCCUCUCCUGUCCCGUCUCUUCAUCGAGUUCUUCAUUCUACGUCGAUGAGUGGAGAAAGAUGGGUUCGAAAGGAGAAGAAGAAGGAAUUGUUGUAAGUUUAGCGAUGAGAGAGAGAGGAAAUGUUAUUUAAAUGAAGGAUAUAAACGAAAUAAAGGGAUUUUCGUUAAACAGGAGGGUUCCUCGCGUGUUCGAUAAAUUCGGGGGAGGGGGAUGAAAAGCACUCGAGUUGAAGUAGCUUGGAAAAAAGUCAUGAAUGAUUUAUUCGUAAUUUAUUAUUUUAUUCGCAACAGAUACUCUCACGAUCACAAUUGUAUGUAUAUUAUGUAAUAUAAUCAUAUACCUAUUUUUGCAUUACACUUUCUCGGAUUACAUGCGCAGAUAUUCGUUUUUCUUUUUUUUCUUUUUCCCUUUUUCCCUUUUUUUUUCUUUUUUUCUCUUUU